AUGGCAGAUUACCACUCUUCUGCCACCACCCUUCCUUCUCUUUCCCCUUCCCUUCACCGAGGGCUGUGGCGUUCCCAGCGCCGUCGCUGUAGCCUCCUCCCCCGCCCCGCGUCCCGCAACAACUUCUCCGAGCAAGGGGAGGGCGAGAGGGCACGGGAGGUGGCGACCACGGCGAAGAGAAGUGGGGGCGAGAGGGCACGGCGGUGGCUGAUGGACGAGCUGGGGGCGCUGGGCGUGGACAGCGGGGAAGAGAAGUGGGUGAGGUGGAGAGUGGGGGUGGGUGAGGUCCGUUCUGGACGACUUGGGGGCAGCAUGGGCGAGAGCAGUUGUGGAAACACAGGCGGAGCAGAGGUGGGAGCAUGCGAAGGGGUGGGGAGGGGAAGGGGGGUUUGGGGGACCUUGGGUCAGAACAUGGGAGGGAGCAUGAGCGGCAGUUUCAUUGAUACGAACAUGAGCGGAGGAGGUGGGAUAGCAGGGCCAGGGAGACAAGGUCACCCAGGCAUGGAGGGAGUGCGGCGGCCACAAGCAGGAACAGGCAGCAUAGGUAGCACACGCAGCACGGGCAGCAUAGGCAGGAGGAGCGCGAGCAUGGAUGUGUCACGCCGUUGCUGGCAGUCAAUGCCAUUCUCACUCACAGACGCCUCCUCCUCCCUGGGCUUCCCGCAGCACCGGCAGCAUGGCAGUGCCGCGGUGCCUACAAUGGUGGCGGCGGUGGCAUGGUGGGCAGCAGUGUGGAGUGCAGUCACAGCAUCAGCGUGCUCCACCUCCUCCGCUGCCGCCUCCUCCACCGCCGCCACCUUCGCCACCGCCGCUCCCACCGCCACCGCCGCCCCCGCCUCCGCCUCCACUGCCGCCACCAACGCCCCCACCCCCGGCACCACUCCCACCGCCACCCCCACCCCCUCUGCCGCCUUCACCACCGCCUCCACCGCCCCCGCUGGCUCCUCUAGCGCCCCUGCCCCCCUUGCCCUUGCCAGUGCGACGUCUCUCGCUAGGGGCAGACGCUGCACCGACCGACUCAAGACCAACAAGGUCAGCCGAAGUAGUAGAGGCAACAGAGGGCAAGAGAGGAGAGGGGGAGCACCCCUCAAAGACAGGGGCACGAGGGUCACCAAGAGAGGCUCCUACAGCGACUAUGCUCUUCUCCGCUGCUAG